CUGGUGUGGGACCUGCCUUUUAGUGUUGUUCUCGUCUUUUCUUAACAUUAGGACGAGGAUAGAGUGCGCAAGUGCAGUGUAAAAUGUCAUGAUAAAUUCCGCUUUUUAGUAUUAUCCUGGGAUCAAAAUGAGGUCAUAAUAUAUGCGGAUACUGAUGAAAGAAAAUGGAACACGGUUCUAAAUCAGUGUUAUGUUAAAUGACAUUAAGUUCUGUGCUCGAUUUAUCUGCACUUAUUAACACGAUGGGGAUAUUCUGCUUUAUAAGUAAGCGAGGAAGAUACGGUUUUUAGAUAGCCAGUGGUCAAAUGUAUACUUUGCAAAUUAGAUGAUAAAUGCUGAACUGCUAGAGAAUGCAGGUUCGUUGAGAUGGCCAACUGUGAACGAAUCGGGAGAAAGUGAAGAAUCUGAGAAGAAUUACACAGCACGCGAGGAGGCAAGAUGCUCCGAGCCAGAAGGACUUUCCUGCUGAUCAACCUGGUCGUGGUCUUACUGAACGCAGGCCUCGGAAUCCUCGUUAACCUGGCUGCGUUCACUAACAGGACGGGACUCAGGGAGAGAUACCUUAAUCUGCCUUCAAAUGUUUCCAUGUCACCGUCUCCAGCCGAGCCCGGUGAGGAGAUGCUGUCCGCAGCGUUCGGUCUGAUAGACAAGACGGGGAACUACACGAAUCACCCGUUCGUGUGGGCGGGGUCGGAGUGGGCGACGGUCACCUCGGACUCGCGGGUGUGCCUCUCCACCCACGCCACGGUGGACCGGCUCUUCUGGGUGGCGUGGCAGGCGGAGGCGUGGAGCGGGCCGAUGUCCGUGUCCAUCUUCGCGCCCGGCUCCGACUACGCCGUGGCCGCCGCCAUGGUGUCCUACCUGCGGCGCUGCUUUACCAUCGUGCACGAGCGAGUGUCCUUCCACCUCGUGCACACGAGGACGCGCCCUCCGAGAACCUCGCCGCACUACGAGGUCUACCGUCUCAACUGCGCCGAGCCGGAGGAGGCAAACGAAGCCCUCAUGGCGCUCAGGGACAAGAUGGAGGCCAGGGAACGACGGUACCCGCAGAACCUUAUGAGGAAUCUCGCGCGAAGGACCUGCCCCUGUGACUAUACCCUCAGCGUAGACAUUGACAUGCUCACGCCUCCUUACAUGGCCGAAAACAUGACCGGAUUCCUGGACACUGUGAAGGCCACCUCUCCGUGUUGGAAAUGUGCCUAUGUUAUUCCCGUGUACGAGCUGCAGGACUCGGUCGCUUACCUGCCCAAUGACAAGAUUGAUCUGCUCAGACUGAUCCUGAAAAAGCAGGCUCGGAGAUAUCACGAAAAGGUAUACGCCAAGAACCAAGGCAAUUCCAGGCUGGAGAACUGGGAGGUCGAGCCACUCAACGUAAGCGCCACGGAAUACCGCGUCCUCUACAACAUCACGACGUACGAGGAGUUCUGGGAACCCAUCCUGGUGCUGCCCUUCACGGCUCCUCUCUUCGAUGAGCGCUUCGUCGGAUACGGGUUCACGAGGAGCAGUCAGGUAUAUGAGCUACAUCGCCGGGGCUACAAGUUCCAGGUGCUGGACAGGGCGUUCCUGACUCACAAAGGCUUCCAGACAACUACAAAUUAUUCUACAUUAAGAUACGCUCAGAUCGAGAUAAACAAGGUACGGUACCAAAUGUUUAAGAGGGAACUUCACGCGCAGCUAGGCUUACAGAUGCCCGCGCAGAGUAAAGGGGCGCCCUUGAGACAGAAGCUGACGUCCCUGCUGGCAAAGCGUUCCCAGUCUCCCCGAAAUCGAUUGUCAAUAAGGACGGUGCCGGCGAAGAAAAAGCUAGUGGGCGUUGGAAGGUAAAGCGGCGGUUUUAACAGCGUCCGGAACAUGUGUUGACCGGAAACACAAGUCAGUACCCUACUGUGAAGUGAAAGUGAACAUGAGAGGUGAACACUAAUAGGUUUUAAAGACGAUUUGAUGAAAAAAAAUAUUGUGACUGUUAAAAAUGCAUAUAUAUGCAUAUUUAGCAACUAUACUAUAUCGUGCAGUGGAUAUUUAGGAUAAACAGAUUGUAAGCAAUUUCAUAAAAGUUUUCAAAAUGCAAGAUUAACAUUUGCAUUUUAGUGUGACAGCGAUUAAAAUUCACAAGAACGCAAAGGUUUUCCAGGUACCAUUAAACGCUUGAAAUACCUGGUGAAAAAAUAGACUGAAGUUAUAAACCUAAAUAUACACCAUAUAUUUUUGAAA